AUGGUGCUAAGCAGGAGAAUAUUAUCCUUUGAAGCUGUGUAUAAGUGUCUUGAGGAGAGCUAUGGUGCUAAGCAGGAGAAUAUUAUCCUUUACGGCCAAUCUGUUGGCAGUGGCCCCACGUUGGAUCUUGCAGCUCGUCUUCCUCAUUUGAGAGCUGUGGUUCUGCAUAGUCCUAUACUUUCAGGCUUAAGAGUCAUGUAUCCUGUGAAGCGUACGUAUUGGUUCGACAUCUAUAAGAACAUUGACAAAAUCCCAUAUGUUAAUUGUCCUGUGCUGAUUAUUCAUGUAAGUAUGCAAUUUUCAACAUUUUACCUUUUAGAAUUACUUAUGGUAAUUGAAGAACCAUUCUGAUACAGUUUUUAGACAAUUAAGCCAUUGUAUAAGCUAGCAUGAAACUCUUACCUUCUUUAUCUGCCUUGCUUCUUUGUUUCUGUGUUUUUGUGGGUACAUGUAUAUGAUCAUAACCACGGACUUGGAUGACUAAGAUCUUAUGACUUGAUGGCUAUAGUUGAGAGUUUUCCAUGGUAUUUGUCACAUCCUCUCUAAGAUACUUAACUGGUUUUAGAGAGAGAUCCUCAGAAGAAGACAAAUCCAAACUAUAACCA